AUGAGUAGCGGUCCGAUAUUGGCACUGCCAGAAUUCUUUGCGCUGAAGAGCAAGUCCAACGGCAAGUACCUGCGGUACGAGCCCAACGCCAAUGGCACGCUCGAGUUCUCCGGCGACAAAAUCGUGAGCCCUUUCGUCAAGUUCCGUGCAGAAGCAGUCGCCCACCGGCAAGCCGGAGGAGGAGGGCCCACGACCAUGUACAAUCUGAGUUGCUGCUACAACAACAAAUACUGGCGCAAAGCCAGCCAACCUGUGAGCUUGAUCUCCGGAGGAGCCGAUGCCCCCGAGGAGGACACGUCCAAAUGGGCCUGUACACUCUUCAUGGCCGAGUUCGAGGGCAAGGGAGUGGUUCGGCUCCUGCACGCCCAUUCCAACUCGUACCUGGGCCAGUCUGGGCCCGACCGUGUACUAGUGGUGGGCCGGCGGGAGCAAGCCGAGGUUUGUGAGGUGGUGGAUUACUCGGAGGCGGUGGUGCUUCUGCCUAAGCUCGUGGCGUUUAAAGGAGACAACGGCAAGUACGUCAAGCAUGCAAGCAUUCACGUGCCCCCUCCGGGUCCUCUUUCUUUGGUGAUGCCUGGUUCGUGGCUGCUUCCAAUACUAGGUGCUCCUGCUAUUAUAGGUUCAAAAUUUAUGCCCGAUAUGUCGUAUUGGGUGAAUGCACUCCAGUUCUCGGUCGAUACAAUCGAGGACUUGUCUGCGGCGCACCACGUGUUUGUUAACCCGUCGGAUGCCACCAUUCGCAUACAAUCCGUUGCGACGGGGAACUUUUGGAGGAGGGAUGCAGACCACGAGGACUGGAUUCGAUGCGACUCAACCGACGCCACCUUCGACAACAAGGACACGGUGUUUCAGGUCGUUAGGGUGGCGGAGUCUGGAAACUCCGAAAACGUUCAGAUCGCCCUCAGGAACUGCGGCAACGGCCUCUUCUGCAAGCGAUUCUGGGAUUCCGGCAUCGGCAGCUGCCUGAGAGCAAACGUGCCGCACGUGGACGGCUACUCGCACCUAGUGGUGGAAGAGCCAGUGAAGCAGAGGCGCAUCUUCGACGUGGACAUCCGGACCGAUGACGUCAGAACCGUCACGGUGUCGACCAUGAAGGACCCCGGCCACAAGAUCUUUCCCAACGGAACCUCGACCACAAGGAAGUUGAAGCACAAGUUUGUGUCGACGGAGACCGCCUCCGCCACCUGGAGUCGCACCAUGGCUUGGAAGAUAGGCGGCAAGCUCACCGUGGAUUUCAAGAUCCCGGGAACGGGGUUUCUGAGCAAGUUCCUCGGCGGAGCAAAGCUCGAGAUCUCGGGCGAAUACUCUCAAGGAGAGAUGAAGGGAGGGACCAAUACAACCACCACGACUAAAGAAAUAGAGGAGGACUACACCGUGCCUCCGAUGAAGCAGGUGAGGCUUUCCAUGGAGGAGAGAACCACCACCCGUGAGGUUCCCUUCUCCUACUCGUACACCGACAAGCUUUACAACGACGAAGAAGCUGUCACCUAUCGUCUUGAAGAUGGCCUCCUCACUUCUACCACCACCACUCAAGUCAUCGUACCCAUAGAGGAACCCCUCAACCUCUAA